AUGGGAAAAAAAGGCUUUCUUAGUUCUCUUGGAGUGAAAGAGUUAAAAUCAACGACAAGUGUGGAAAAUUCACCUUCACCUUCCCCAGUGGCGCCGAAUGCACCAAAAUUUGGGACUUUAGUUCCUAAUAGAAUAUUUGUGGGUGGAAUUUCAGCAAAUACAACUGAAACAGAACUUCAUGCACUUUUUUCUAAUUAUGGCAAUGUUAAAGCUACAAAAAUCAUUUCUGAUAGAGCUGGAGUUUCAAAAGGUUAUGGUUUUGUUACAUUUGAGACUGAAGAAGAAGCAAAAAGAAUACAGAAAGAGGGCAAGAAUAAGCCAUUUACAAGAGUUUAUGAUCCAACUCAAAGUGCUUCAAAUGGGACCAUAUUUUAUCAUAAUGGAAUGCCAUACACGUAUCAGAAUGGCAUGGCCUUCUUUACUACACCAGAAAAUCUAUGUCAGCUUUCACCUCCUCAGCAAACUGCAUAUUCUGUAAUUUAUCCACAUCCAGUCUAUGUGCCUCAACAGCAGUUCCAAUAUCAAACAGCUACACCAACACACUGGACAAGUGGACAAUGGCGUUGGUCUCCUUCAAGCACCGGUCUUCCCACACAAUAUGUGUAUUCAGCUCUUCCAACAGCUGCGUCGGGUUCGAAUGCAACCGAGAUUUGUCAGUAUGGUGGUCCCAUUCCAAAUUGUUCGUCUCCAGUUAAUGCUCAAAUGGCAAGUCCAUACACACAAACCAAUCCCAGUACAGAAUAUGCAGAUUCCUCCACUGCUGAUUCACCAUCUAGUGAGGUAAACAAAGGAUACUCUAAAAAGACCACUAAUAAUUGUGGAAAUUCUCGUAAACAUCCGUCACUCCGUAAAAAUUCGACCACACUCGGCACGUCGGGCGCAGGCGACGGACCACCGUCCCAUUACCAAAAAUGUCCACAGCAAUCCCAGUUAAUAGCCAAAACGGUCAACGGAAUCACCGUAAUGGCGUAUCCGACACCUUUUUUUAUUAAUACGUCCCAACGCGCUGCAGAUCAUUCCGCCGGGGACCGCGAUACAUUCGCUCUCGUGUCCAUGACAGAUAUUGGAAUGAUACAACAGCUUUCCACUAAUCCCGUCAACCCCCUGCCGUCGACGUUAAUACCCGCCGACGGCAACGGCGGCCAAUCGAAAUUUUGAAGAUAAUCGUAUUUUCGGAUAUUAUUUAUAUAAUCCUAAUUGUAAAUGUGUGUAAUUAUCGUUAAUCGCUAUAUUUCCAGACGAAAGUUGUCCUUCAUUUAAUAUAUCUUCGUAAAGACUUUUAUCAUCGGUCAUCUUCAAACAAGCUAAACUUCAUCGUCAAGAAGCGAUAAAAUUUAAAAUGGGACGUCGUCUCGUUUAAUAGUUCAGUUUUUUAAUUGCAUAUUUUUAUUGGGAGAUAUUUGGCAUUAUUAUUUACAUCUUUUACAUAAACACACACAUAAAUAUACAUAUACAAAAAUAUAUACAUUUAAAUUAAAACCAUGGUUUAAACAAUUGCAGUCCAAAAUUGCUUCAUUUCUACCAUUGUUCCAAGAAGGGUGAAUUUUAUUCAGAUGACGAACGGCAGAAAAUAAUUGUUAAUUUCAUUCACAUACACGACUAUCUUUUUUUAAGAAAAUAUAGUUUUAUAAAUUAAAAAUAAUAUUUUUUGCGUAUUUUAUCAAUAGUUUUCGUAGAAACUAUUCGCACAUAUCUUUUAAUUAACUAAAAUCUUCUAGAUUGUGUCAAAAAUAAAAUGGAUAAAAAUUUCUCCCGACGUACUAACUUACAUUCGCAUUAACAAAGCAUAAAAUGAAUAAUAAUAUCUAUCUAUAUAUAUAUAUUUUUUAAAAGAAAAUAUAUUUAUCCUUUUACUAUAAUGCAUAUAUUCUUUCUUUUUCAUCAAUAAAUUCACAUCAUAUAAAUAAUUAUUUACGAAAAGAAUAAUUCGUUCGUAAGAAUCGAUGUAAAGAUUUUAUUUUUAAUACUUGUAUCCGUAAUCUAAUUAGAAUUGAAAUUAAAUAGAACGUAAUGCAUCUCUGUACGUUUUAUUGUUUUUAUUUGUAUCUAAAUAGAAACGAAAUAAAUCUGCAAGUUUUAUGUCGAUUUGGAUUAAAUAUUUUAAUUAAUAGCUCUUCUAUUUCUAACAUUACAGUCUCUUCCAAUUCGCGGGCCCUUCUACUACCACUUUGUGUU